AUGGAAAUUCUACGUUCACUGAAGAUCACCCAUAUCGUCCAUCAGCACAUUAAACUAUUGGAUGGUGCGUCACUUCCUAAAGGCAGUCAGAUUGCAAAAGUACUCGGUAAUCCUCAUUUAGUCUACGGCGAUCACAAACACACUAUUUUGAAUAUAGGAGUUCUCGUCAAUCACCGGCCGGAUUUGAAGAUGGAAUACACUUGUGAGACUGAUUAA